AUGUAUCUUGAUGAGAACUGUUCCGGUGCCAUUACAGGCUGCAGUGCGUCCGUGUCGGACUGCAACCAAAAUUCAUUUAACCGCCCUGGACCGCAACAUGUAAUCCCGCUAACACCGACUGUGGGAACUCGUGUAGUGCUCACUUCGAAGCAAAGUGACAGAGACGCUUUUAUUUGGGAAGACAAAGAAAUUGAUUUGGCGUAUUUGCGAUGCGCAGAGCAACACAUGUUAAUUGGUAGGGUGUUGCGCGAAACGGAUACGCAUUUUGUGGUGCGCUUCGAGAUUCCGUAUUGUUGUCUGUCACCGAAUCUUCGUGGUCAGCGCGCUGCGCGUGAUCCUUUUGACGCGCGACGCCGGGAAGAUGAAGGAAAGGUGUUAAAGGAAUGCAAAGAGAGCGGGUGUAAAAAUGAGCACGAAGAUAAAGAGGAGGAUAAUGAAAUUGAUAAAGCAACGUCCUCCAUACUACCGCGUGUUGACAUUGACUCUGAGAUCAUCAACACUGGUGUGACGACGUCCCGCUUUGUCGUGGGCAUUGUCCCCGUUCUUACGGUUACGUCUGAGAAUGUUUCCAUCCCUACGCCAAGAAGCAGAGAAGAAGCACGGUUCCCUCUGGGUGGAACAGCAGGGUCACGUCGUUCUGGUCACACUGGAAGCGCCAUACUCUCAUCACCAAAAAAAAAUCGUGAAACAGAGUCACAGUCUCUCGGCGCAACUACACAGCAAAGCGGUUUCGUUGCCAGCGACCGUUCUUACAACGUUUUGCAAGUAUCCUUAUCUGUAGUAAAAAGAUGUUGUAUAUCACUUUUACAUAGCCUUUUAGAGCAGCACGAUAUGCUUGAGAACGUGAGUGCAGCUUUUGCUAGUCGAGAUUUCAAAUUGGUGGCACAACACGUCUCGGGGGUGAUUGAGGCACAACGAAUAAUAGCGCAAAGCCGUCGAGACGAAUGCAAGAACAUGGCAGAUUCAUGGCGUUCGUCGCUUUCAUGGGUCCAGCCUCAUUCCCACACAAGAGAUUCUGACGCAAGUCGGAGAACAGAUGACACCUUGGGGGAAGAAAACACCCGUUUCAUCAAGUUCAUGAGACGAUGCAAGGAGGGUUCAUCGUGUGUAGAGACUCAGCAAUAUGCUUCAGUUGAUCGAAGCGAAAAGGAAAUACGGCAGGGAGGCGGUGGCGGUGGCGGUGGGAGUCGUCAAAGUAGCGGCGUGGAGCUGCCAUCAGCAGAUGGUCAAGAGGUAGAAUCCCUUGAAAUUGACAAGUUGCGGGCCUUGCAGGUUCUAUGGAAUGCCAAUAGUGCACAGCAGGAACUCGCUCCGUUAUAUGCUUUGUUAAGCUUAGUACACUUCCACGACACCCAAUACCAGCAGUCUCUGGAAGACGCCAUAACAGCCCUCGCGCAUGAUGACACGUGUGUGGAAGCUUACACACGUGUGAUGGCAAGUUUUAUGGCUCUAGGCUCUGAACAAGAAGCACUCGUAACAUCAUCAGUAGCUAUCAAGCGUUGUAGUGCAAUUAGUCCGCAGUUUGUAAGACUCUCUCGAAUUCUCUGCGCGUGUGCUUUUUACCGAAGAAACCUUUCGGAGCACAGCGGAAUUGAUGUUCUUCCACGCAUACGUAACCCUACCAGUUUUGAAAAGGGUCCCGGACGUGAGCCAACGAAAAUACCAAGGGUCCAACGUGCUGUACGACUCUCGUCAACCUUUCGUGUGCAGAAACUUAGCUAUUCCUGUGCAACCCCCGCAUCAUUUUUUUCUGCUGUCCCUUGGGCAUUACGUGGCCUGCUUACAGGGGCGUCUCCUCCGAUGGAUUAUUUUUCGCGCAGCCUGCGAGCUCGCGCCUUGUGUGGUUUUAACCAAGGUGAUGUCGUUGUAUGUGAAGAGCCUUCUCUUCAUGUACUCUUGCUGUGUUCAACUAACCUUGAGAGUGGAACGACAGCAAUGCCCUCAUCAUCAUUUUCACCGUGGUGUGAGGAUGGUAGCUGUCCUGCAACAGCGUGGACUCUCUGCCGAAAACGUUUCUGUGCCUACUGUGGGUACCCACUCGUCUCAAAACAGAUGCUAAUGGUGGACAUCCGUGAGGCCACCUCAAAGGCACUGGCAGACCGACUACGUAUGAACUUCAGUGCGAGGGAACCCCUCCCAUGUGCAGGAAGUUGUGGUGAUCAUUACUGUAGCGAGGUAUGCCGCAACCGGGCGGCAGCGGAGUAUCACUCGAUAGAGUGUCAGCUUGUCGUUGCAUGCGACGACGACGACGACGACGACGACCAACACCACCACCCCCACCACCACGUUGUCGGCAAGGAUGGGGAGGAGGAGGAGGGGGAAGAGGAAUCAACGCUUCCCGACCCUUCUGUUUUGCAAGAAUUCACGGGGGAAACAGGGGUCAAUGCAUCAUCUCUGUGUCCGUCAAAUGUUGUAGACAGACCUGGCCGACUAGUGGAACUUUUUCCAUCUGCAACGGUACCAUUUGACCGUCCAGGCGUGCGUGGAUUGGUCGCUAUUCGACGCUUUCGCAUGUAUGGCGGAGAAUCGGAAUGUGGAUUGAUAUCCACAGAUGUCCAGUACAGCGAGCCACAACAUGGCUCUGACAUCUCUUCUGAUGAUACUCUGAUAACGGCGGAACAAGAAAAACGUUACGCGAACUCGAUUGUGACCUGUCGCACUGUCAUUCGAAAAAUCCGCAACAGCUUCAAGUGUCACUACGCGGCAAUCGAAAAGUCUAUCCAUGACAAAGCACCGAACGCCGUAACUGCAGCGCUCCUUGUAUUGAGUCGUCUCGUUGCGAAUAUUUUGUCUCUGAUUCUUCCACCAAUUGCACGAGAAAUAAAAGGAUUUGGUGAACCUGACUACUGUUGUCGUGAAAGAUCAGCAUCCAUAAAGGCAAUUAUCGGGCGCUACACGUUGAGGGGCUUUACCAGCUACGGGACAACUCCGUCAGACCACCACGAUGUUCAUGGACUUGUUUUGGCAGAAGAGGUUCUCCACCAGAUUGGAGUCCCUUUCUUUGCUGAUACAAACCUGGCCCAUCCUACCACCGUUUGGGAACUACUAAACGAAGAACCCAAAGAGGCAAAAAAAGGUAGCGAUGACGCCCCACCUUCAGUGACCUCAACGACCCAGAGCAUUCGCCGUGGUUUUGAUCGUGCAGUGGAGUUGCUCUCUGUCAUUAACAAAGUAAUCCAAACAAGCCUGCAUGAUGAGGCAGUAGCCUUUAGUCUUUCUGUGAGCUCUAACACCGCUCAGAGUAUUGCUUCCGGUAGUAGUGGUAGUAGUGGUGGUGGUGUCAGCCGAAUGUGGGCGAGCAAACAUUCGGAUGAACCUAGGACAGAGUCGUGCAGCAGUGGCCACCGUGCCCCGCGUCACCCAAAGCUGUUUAUGGAUGUAGGAUCGCUAACAGUGUGGUUGGCGGAGGAGCACGCUGAAUUCAGAUCACACAUGCUCCAUAAUCCUUCUGUGUGGACCUUCGGUCGUCUUUUGGGCUUCUUAGGGAAGCGGCGCUUCAUGGAGCAGCUGUGGGACUUUUGUCUCUCUAGUUACUGCGUGGUGCCCAGGUGCGUCCUCACCGCUGCUGCUGAAAACAGGGUUCCUGAACACCACCGUGAGGGGUGGGAGCGCCUCUGCCGGCAGUACACCGCCCCUGUGGCGGUGAUGGGACCGCUGACAAGCACCGUGUCGGACCUUUCUGCAUUUGGAGGGGAUGCAUGUACACGUUUUUUUGGUGCAGGGGCACCGCACGACGGCCCUCGGAAUCCGCUAUUCUUCCGAAAGGGUGGGUCGCCGGCGGCAUCGGUGCUUUCGAUCAAUUCCCUCACCCAUGAACCAGACGAAGUGCACUCGUGGACGGGAGGCCAGAGCGUGGGCGGCGGGGCGACAACAACACACAGCAACCUGGAGGUCUGUACCAGUGGCACUUUCUCUCGUCCCGGUGAGCGCUGCGUUAUUAUGAAGGCGCGGCGCCCCAUCAACGCAGGAGAUGAACUGCGCUACGAAGCCACCCCCUUGCCGUAA